ACAACCAGGGUUUACAGAGAACCAGCAACCUUCUUGCUGUGAGAUGAUGGUGCUAAGCCACUUUGCCACCCCUUAUGGAUAACUAAAACUUUUCGAUUUUACUCUCACAGGAUGUUUUAAGUGUCUUCUUGAAGCAGUCUCGUGGCUAUAAAUUGAGGAUCGUUGAUUAUGAAAAGACACUGUGUGUAUUAUUUUGACGUUUCUCUCCUUUUUUCUCCCCCAGGGUGGUCUGAUCGCUCUCCUGUUACUCAUCUUGCUUUUUACACUGGUACUCUACACUCGCCAGCGCUGGUGCAGACGCCGCCGGGCCCCACAGAAAAGCGCCAGCACUGAAGCCACACACGAGAUCCACUACAUCCCCUCCGUCCUGCUUGGACCGGCUCAAAACAGGGACAGUUUCCGCGGAGCCAGACCCCUCCAGCACAGCUCCGUCAUCGGGAUGCCCAUCCGGGAAACUCCCAUCCUGGAUGAUUGUGAUUGUGAAGAGGACGAGCAGCCGGGACAUCUGCUGGAUGGUAAAGCACGUCUGGAUGAUGACCUGUGCAGCCAGGGCACACAUAACAUGGACAGUUUGGGGAAAGUGAUGGGGGAAGCCAACCACAAACACAGUCUGGAUAACAGAGCGCUGGACCCAGAUCAGGAGAGCGUAGAGGCCUUGAUGCAGAGGUUUAAAGAGAGUUUCCGAACCAACACCACUAUGGAGAUUACACACUUCCAGAACGUCACGCACAGCUCCUCCACAGGGCGGAAGAGAGGACCAACACACACCAGAGGUUUGCAAUGACACACACACUCACGCACACACAUACAUGAAGUAUCAUAUGUCACUAAGGGCUAGUGUGAUGAUGCUAAAAAUGCAUUCAAGAGUUGACAAGAGUUGGCAUGCUGUCCCGAGAGAGGGCCCUGAGCUCAU